AUGUCUCGUAACUAUCCUAGUGGAGCAAAAAAACGCGCAUUAUCGGUGAAAAAAAGAAAGAUCGAAGCUGAGCUUGCUGAAAAAACUACAAAACUGCUCUCCUUUUUCAAACCAACUUCGAGUAUCAAGGAAAAUAGUCACGUAGAAAAGGGAUCUGCAAUUGAAUCAGACACCGCCGGGGUAAAAGAUGUAGAGCAGGCUCCUACUUUAAAACAAUGUGAUUUGAAAGAUGAUACAGCAAAACCCCUUGAAGAUAGUCAUGCUAUAUACGACCUUCAUUUUUGGCCAGAGCGGGAAAAGAUGUCAGAGGCAUUUAGAAACUAUUGGAUUCAACGUGGUACCACACCAUGUCAAAACAAAAACGGGGACUUUAAAGAAUCAGUCACACAGUUAGAAAGAGAGUCACAACGUCGGUUCUGCACCAUUUCUUUAUUUACACGUGUCCAUGCACGAACAGGAGAAAAAUUUGAAAGAAAUUGGUUGUGUUAUUCCAAAACAAGCGGGUGUGUUUAUUGUUUUGUAUGUAAGCUGAUGUCACCUAUAACUAACAAAAUGACAUCAGGGUUCAAACAAUGGAAAAGUGCCCAUGAAGUGCUAUCUAGGCAUGAAAAUUCCAAACAACACAUUGAUUCAUUGGCAGCGCUGUGUUCACGAAAAUCUACUGGUCAGAUUGACAUGAAACUUGUAACGCAAUAUGAAAGUGAAAUUCAGUACUGGAGACAAGUACUUCACAGAAUCGUGAGUGUGGUACAGUUUCUUUGUAUUCGUGGUAUUCCGUUUCGGGGUAGAACUGAAGAGGUUGGUUCUCCAAACAAUGGGAAUUAUCUCGGGUUGCUGGAGCUGCUAAGUCAGUACGAUACCUUUCUCGCAGAACAUAUGCGGAUACACGCCAACAAAGGACGUGGACAUACAUCCUACAUAUCUUCAACAAUAUGUGAGGAGAUGAUUGAACUUAUGGGCCAAAAGGUUUUGUCUUUAAUUGUAGAUGAAAUAAAGACAGCGAAAUAUUUUUCUAUAUCUGUAGAUUCGACUCCAGAUGUUUCACAUGUUGAUCAACUCACAAUCGUUAUUCGCUAUGUACAAGACACCGGACCUAUUGAGCGCUUCUUAAAAUUUGUACCAAUGUUUUCACACACUGGUUCGGAAAUAGCUAAUUUAAUACUAACAUUUUUGGAAGAAAAUGGAAUUGACAUAAAAAAUUGUCGCGGUCAAUCAUAUGACAACGCGUCCAACAUGAGCGGCAAGUAUAACGGCGUUCAGGCUAAAAUCCGGGAGAAGUGUGACGUAGCAUUGUAUGUACCGUGCACAGCACAUUCACUCAAUUUAGUUGGGAACUGCGCAGCUGAGUGCUGCCCCACGUCAGUUGGGUUUUUUAAUCUCCUUCAGAGCCUUUACUCUUGGCUUUCUGCAUCUACCCAUCGUUGGCAUAUACACAACAAGCACAUGAAUGGAUUGCCUGUUGCUAAAGCUUUGUCGGAAACCAGAUGGUCCGCUCGACAUGAUGCUGUUAAGGCUUUAAAUAGAGGGUAUAAGGAAAAUAUAUCGGCUUUGGAGGAGUUAGCAGCCGAUGAAAAUCAACCUCUUAAAUGUAGAGCUGAAGCUGAAGGAUAUCUUAAAAGUUUACAAAAACUAGAAACAGUAAUAUUAUUGGAGGUAUGGGAUACAAUUUUAGAGAGAUUGCAAAAAACAAAUGUAUCUCUUCAAGAAAAAGGUUUAUCUCUUAAUACAGCAGUUAAUUUGUUAAAAUCUGUUCUCCUUUUUAUUGAAAGUCAACGUAAUGAAUUCGCUAGCUUCGAAUCAAAAGGAAAAAUUAAAUGUGAAGUCAAAGACUACACAUAUUCCAACAGACGACCACUAAAGAGGAAGCGACAAUUUGACGAAAGCAAAGUUUCAGAAAUGCAACUUUCUCCUAGAGAAAAAUUUAUGACUGAAGUAUUCAUCUGUGUGAUCGACCACCUAACUGCAGCUCUACAUCAUCGCUUAGAUUCCUAUAAAACUGUUCAAGAAAUGUUCGAUUUCUUCAGUGACCUGACCAACCUUAGCACUGGUGACAUUACAGGAGCAGCUACAAAACUAAUCAACAAAUAUCCCGAUGAUUUUGAAGAAUGUUUUUCAUCGGAGUUGAUUCAAUUCGCCGAGCUGUUUAAAUCAAUUCAUGGGGGAAAAGAGCAAAACGUCUACAGUGAUAGCAUUGAAUUAGAAAUGUUGAUAUUUUUAAAUAGAUUCAAGUGCAUUCAGAGCUUUCCAAAUGUGCACAUUGCUCUUCGAAUUUAUCUGUGUAUGAUGACGUCUAACUGCAGUGGAGAGCACUCAUUUUCCAAAAUGAAAAAGAUUAAAAGCGAUCUUAGAAGCACGGCAGCAGAGACUUAG